GUACAUUCAUAUCUGAUGAAUCCAUAAUCAAUUAUGCAAAUAACAUCAUUUUAUUUACUGCAGAUAUACGCUCAUGCUUGGUAACUUAAUUUACAAAAUAGAUAUCUAAAUGUUUCGCGCGAUUACCUAGUUUUUAUAUCAUUCUAAUUCAUAUGGUUAAUCCAUUGGGUUUUCCCGUGCACCUGAUGAUUUGUUUUGUACCGUAUAUCUAAAUAAAUGUACUAUUUAUCGGUUUAUGAUUUCAUAGGCGACAAGUGUGAGCUGCAAAUUUGAGUCUAGGAAAAUAAUAUAAGAAAUUUAAUCUAAUAUGGCUGUGCAAAGAAAUAUUUAAAAUUGAAAAGAGAACAACACAAACUGGCCAAAUAAGAGAUGAACGUUUUAAGAUUGAACACAGAUAACAAGAUUGGUCGGACAAACCAUUGAUUUUGCUGUUGAAGAAUGUAUCUUAAAAUCAUCAUACGUAAUACUUUUUUGGUGAUUGUCAGUGUUUCUUUAGUAAAUAGUCAAUCACUUGAUCUACCAGCUGAAAGAUUUCUGUGUGGUCCAUUAAAUCUGACGUGUUAUCGAUGGGGUUACACUGCAUGUGUAAAACCGGACGGAGAAUAUUAUUGUCUGCCAUGUGACCAGGAAUAUGUUUCUAAAUUAUGCGGAACAAAAGACCAGCUGCAAGGUUGCAACCUCUACUGCACUGCAAAGAGUUUGGAUGAAGAAAGAGCAAAAAUGCGUCAUCUGUGUUCAAAGGAAAAGGAAGAUAUGCAAAACAAUUUCACAGCAAUUUUGACGGAAGAGAGAGCAGAGGAAAACCUUCCACAGAACCAGUCGCAGCAGCAUGAAAAGGACAUGGAAAUGUGCACGAAGAAGAACAGAUUACUGGAAAUUGAAAUUGCUAAAAGAAAUUAUUCAUCAAUCAUAUUAAAUUGGUCAGCUUUAUUUGUUUUAAUAUUGUCAUUUGGAUGUGUGAUCGUCUGGUUUUGUUGUCUUGUGAAACGAAACCAAAACAGGGUAGAUCUGGAUUCAACUGAAAAGCAAACCCUAAUAGAUAUUCAAAUAAAUAGAAUCCGCAAUGGAAUACCAGAAGACAGUAAGAUCUUGGACGAGACAAAUUCGGCUUUUGUGGAUAGAUGGACACAAACAGACGACAGUGAAGACCACAAAAUGGCAGAUCAAAAAACCCAAGUAGGAAGCAUUACAUGCUCGGGAAGUGGCUGCCAAGGCAAAGAUUUGUUACAAAAUGUCCCACCAACAAAUGACAGAAAAGGUCGUGAUAAAAUGGCUAUACAAAGUCAUGAUCUUGAUGUUCCCGUCGGAGAUUAGUUCAUAUACAUAAUGUCUCUGUCUUAUUUAUAGUCUGUAAUUGUUGAUUUUUUUUAAAAUAUAUUUAUGUGUAUUA